ACCUCACCCUCCCGGCAUCACAUCCCCAAUCCCUUCACAGUCCACAAGGGUUUUCCAAACCCAUUCCUCUUCCUCACUAAAAAUCGCAGUCUCUCCACUAUAAACCUCAUCAAGAUCCUAAAAAUGAACGGCGAGAGCCGGAGAUGGGACCGCAAGGACCUACGGCGGAGCUCGAAGAAGCAAAAGCUGAUGCGCACCGCUGAAGAAGAGUUGGAGUCCAAGCUCGGCUUUGAUCUCUUCACUGAAGGUGAUAAACGUCUCGGUUGGCUCCUUACUUUCUCUUCCUCUUCUUUGGAUGAUGAGGAGACUGGUAGAGUCUAUAGUUGCGUCGAUCUCUACUUCGUUUCUCAGGAUGGUUCGGCUUUCAAAUCGAAGUACAAGUUCCGUCCUUACUUCUAUGCGGCUACGAAGGAGAAAAUGGAAAUGGACGUGGAGGGCUAUUUGCGACGGCGAUAUGAAAGUCAAAUUGCUGAUUGAGAUUGUAGAGAAGGAGGAUUUAGAUCUUAAAAACCAUUUGUCUGGUUUACACAAAUCAUAUUUAAAAAUAUCUUUUGCUACCGUACAACAAUUAAUGGAUGUCAAGAGAGAUCUGUUGCAUGUUGUUGAAAGAAAUCAGGCAAAGUCUGAUGCAGCAGAAGCAUACGAGUCCAUACUAACAGGAAAAAGGGAACAAAGACCUCAGGAUUUUCUUGAUUGCAUCAUUGACCUUCGGGAGUAUGAUGUCCCAUACCAUGUUCGCUUUGCCAUUGAUAAUGAUAUACGUUGUGGCCAGUGGUAUGAUGUUAGUGUCUCUAGUACUGGUGUCAUGCUUCAGAAGAGGACAGAUCUUCUGCAACGUGCUGAGGUUCAUGUUUGCGCAUUUGAUAUUGAAACAACCAAGCUUCCUUUGAAAUUUCCAGAUGCUGAAUAUGAUUUGAUAAUGAUGAUAUCAUACAUGGUUGAUGGACAAGGUUAUCUGAUUACCAACAGAGAGUGCGUGGGGGAAGAUAUAGAGGAUUUAGAAUAUACACCAAAACCUGAAUAUGAAGGCUGUUUCAAAGUGACAAAUGUGAAAAAUGAGGUUGAGCUUCUUAAACAAUGGUUUGCCCACAUGCGAGAGGUGAAGCCUGGUAUUUAUGUUACUUACAAUGGUGAUUAUUUUGACUGGCCCUUCCUGGAAAGCAGAGCAGCUUAUCACGGGUUUAAGAUGAGUGAUGAGGUUGGAUUCUCAUGUGACAAGAAUCAAGGGGAGUGCCGUGCUAAAUUUGCUUGCCAUUUGGAUUGUUUUGCUUGGGUCAAACGUGAUAGUUAUUUGCCUCAGGGAAGCCAAGGCCUUAAGGCAGUUACAAAGGCAAAGUUGGGUUAUGAUCCACUUGAGGUGAAUCCAGAGGACAUGGUUCGCUUUGCUAAAGAAAAGCCUCAGAUGAUGGCCUCCUAUUCGGUUUCUGAUGCUGUUGCAACUUAUUAUUUGUACAUGACCUAUGUGCAUCCCUUCAUUUUCUCUCUCGCAACCAUAAUUCCUAUGUCACCAGAUGAGGUCUUACGCAAAGGUAGUGGGACACUUUGUGAAAUGCUUCUGAUGGUGCAGGCGUAUAUGGCUAAUGUUAUCUGCCCUAACAAGCACCAAUCUGACCAAGAGAAGUUCUAUAAGAGUCACCUUCUUGAGAGCGAGACAUAUAUAGGGGGUCAUGUGGAGUGCCUUGAAAGUGGUGUUUUCAGAUCUGAUCUUCCAACCAGUUUUAAGCUUGAUCCUUCUGCUUAUGAACUACUUAUCAAAAACCUUGAUCGAGAUCUGCAAUAUUCUAUAAGAGUAGAGGGUAAAAUGGACCUGGAUUCAAUCUCCAAUUAUGAUGAAGUGAAGAAUGCUAUCAUGGAAAAGCUAGUGUGUUUGAGAGAUGAACCUGUUCGUGAUGAAUGUCCACUUAUUUAUCAUCUUGAUGUGGCUGCAAUGUAUCCAAACAUUAUCUUAACAAACAGGCUUCAGCCCCCAUCUAUAGUUUCAGACGAGAUCUGUACUGCUUGUGACUUCAACCGCCCAGACAAAACUUGUCUACGGAAGCUUGAAUGGGUUUGGCGUGGAGAGAUAUUUAUGGCAAAGAAAAGUGACUAUUAUCAUUUGAAGAAGCAAAUUGAGUCCGAGUUUGUUGAUGGCACUGAUGGUCAGUUUUCAAAAUCUUUUCUUGAUCUUUCCAAGAUGGAUCAACAAUCAAAGCUGAAAGAGCGUCUUAAGAAAUACUGUCAGAAGGCAUAUAAACGGGUACUCGACAAACCUGUUACUGAAGUUCGAGAAGCUGGGAUCUGCAUGCGGGAAAACUCAUUUUAUGUAGACACUGUUCGUAGCUUUCGAGAUAGAAGGUAUGAGUAUAAAGGGCUUAAUAAGGUUUGGAAGGGGAAGUUGUCAGAAGCCAAGGCUAGUGGAAAUUCUAUUAAGAUCCAAGAAGCACAUGACAUGGUAGUGCUUUAUGAUUCGUUGCAACUUGCUCACAAAUGUAUUCUGAAUUCAUUCUAUGGAUAUGUCAUGCGCAAGGGUGCAAGAUGGUAUUCAAUGGAAAUGGCUGGUGUAGUUACAUAUACAGGAGCAAAAAUCAUUCAGAAUGCUCGUUUGCUUGUUGAUAAAAUUGGAAAGCCACUUGAAUUGGACACAGAUGGUAUUUGGUGUGUCCUCCCUGGAUGUUUUCCAGAGAACUUUACUUUUAAAACAAAGGACUCGAAGAAAAAGCUGACAAUCUCGUAUCCAUGUGUUAUGCUCAAUGUUGAUGUGGCAAGAAACAACACAAAUGAACAAUACCAGACACUCGUAGACCCUGUAAAUAAAACAUAUGCAACUCAUAGUGAAUGCUCAAUUGAAUUUGAAGUGGAUGGCCCAUACAAGGCAAUGAUUCUUCCUGCUUCCAAGGAAGAAGGAAUUUUAAUUAAGAAGCGAUAUGCUGUUUUCAAUGAUGAUGGAACCCUUGCAGAGCUUAAAGGUUUUGAGAUCAAGCGUAGAGGUGAGCUGAAGCUCAUCAAAGUUUUCCAGGCUGAGCUUUUUGACAAGUUCCUCCAUGGGUCAACCUUAGAGGAAUGCUACUCAGCUGUAGCUGCUGUGGCAAACCGCUGGCUGGAUCUUCUUGAUAAUCAAGGAAAGGAUAUUGCUGACUGUGAGUUGCUUGAUUACAUAUCUGAAUCAAGCACAAUGAGCAAGUCCUUGUCCGACUAUGGUGAACAAAAGUCAUGUGCAGUAACUACUGCUAGGCGUCUUGCUGAUUUUCUUGGUGAUGCAAUGGUUAAAGAUAAAGGAUUGCGUUGCCAGUAUAUAGUUGCAUGUGAACCAAGGGGAACACCUGUUAGUGAGCGUGCUGUUCCUGUUGCAAUAUUUGAAACUGAUCCCGAAAUAAUGAAGUUCUAUUUACGAAAAUGGUGCAAGACUUCUUCAGAUGUUGGUAUCCGCUCCAUCAUUGACUGGUCUUAUUACAAGCAACGACUUAGUUCAGCAAUUCAAAAAAUUGUUACAAUCCCUGCUGCAAUGCAAAAGGUUGCGAACCCUGUUCCUAGGGUAGUUCAUCCUGAUUGGCUGCACAGAAAAGUUCGUGAGAAGGAGGACAAGUUUCGUCAACGGAAAUUGGUUGAUAUCUUCAACUUACACAGCAGGGAUGAUCUCUCCGGAAAGAUGGAUGAUGCCACCAUCACAAAUCAUGAUGAGGCAAAUGUUAAAGAUUUGGAAGACUUCCAAAUCAAAAGCAGUUCUAUAAAUAGGCCUAGACCAAUUGUUCGUUGUUAUGAUGUCAAUGAAAAACGUUCAGCAAAGAAAACUGGCCAAUUGAAUUUUGCAGAACAGCAAACUGAUAGUGUGCAUGAUUCACAGCCAGAACACAAUACUUCCUAUGCUGAAAAUAUUGACAGAAAUGUAGAUUAUCAAGGAUGGCUUGAAUUAAAGAAGAGAAAAUGGAAAGAUAUUUUAGACAGGAGGAAGAAACAAAGGUUGAGCAAUACAAGGACUUCACACCAUGUUACUGGUGCAUCUGAACUGCUGGGUGGUCUAACCAAUCAUAAAGGAGCUCAGCGCAGAACUGGAGUUGGUUCAUAUUUUACUACACAUGAAGUAGCACUAACACGAUGCCACUGGCAGAUAAUACAGCUACUUCCAAGUUCAUGUUGUGGCCAAUUUUUUGCAUGGGUUGUUGUGGAGGGAAUCAUGCUUAAGAUUCCUAUAACUAUUCCACGAGCAUUUUACCUCAACUCUAAAGCAACCGUGAUGGAAAAUUUUCCUGGUAGGCGUGUCACUAAGACGCUUCCUCAUGGAAGGCCGAGCUAUAACCUAGUUGAGGUCGUUAUAGAUGAAGACAAGUUCAGGAAGGAAAGCAAGAAACUAGCAGCUCUUCUUGCAGACCCAGAAGUUGAGGGGAUAUAUGAAUCAAAGGUGCCAUUGGAAUUUAAUGCAGUAAUCCAAAUUGGUUGUGUCUGUAAAGUGGAUAAAACUGCUAAAAAACGAAAUGCCCAGGAUGGCUGGAGUCUGAGUGAGCUGCAUAUGAAGACUACAACAGAAUGUUCCUAUUUGGAGCAAUCAAUAUCUUUCUUUUACAUAUAUCAUAGCAUCUCUGAAGGACGUGCUAUAUAUGUCAUUUAUUUGCCUGCAUUGGGGACGGUAUCUGUUGUGGUUGUUAAUCCUUACCAAAACAAGGAUAUAACACCAUCUUUUCUUGAAAGACAAUUUCGGGAAGCUUGCCAAGCAUUGUCAAUUGAAGCAAUACCUCCUAGGAAUAGUAUUGUUUUCAAGGUGGACUAUGUUGGACAUGUCAAUGAUGCUGAAAAGAUUUUACAAGGAACAAUUAGCGAACUCAGAGACAAGCAUCAUGGACCUACACUUGCUGUCAUUGAAUGCCCAAAUGCACACUUGAUGAAGUCAGGUGUACCAGCUCUUGAUGAUUUCCCUUGUGUGAGCAUACCUUCGAAUGCUCGUGAUAGUCAGUAUCAGGUACUUGGGUGGCAACAAGCAUCUGCAAAAAUUGGCAUGCAACGUUCUGCUGCAUCAUCUCAGUGGUUGAAUGAAAGAAUUUCUCUCUCAAGAUAUGCCCAUGUACCCUUGGGAAAUUUUGAACUUGACUGGCUUAUAUUCACGGCAGAUGUCUUCUUUUCGAGAGCAUUACAUGAUCAACAACAGGUGCUUUGGAUAUCUGAUGAUGGUGUUCCAGAUUUAGGAGGUAAUCAUGAAGAAUCUACAUGUUUUGCUGAUGAGGUCCAACAACCUGUUCUAACAUACCCUGGAGCAUAUAGGAAAGUUUCAGUCGAAUUAAAGAUACAUCACCUGGCUGUAGAUGCUCUUCUGAAAAGUAACCAAAUAAAUGAAAUGGAAGGAGGUGCUUUGUUAGGAUUUGACCAGGACAUGAAUUCCAGUACAACUCUAUAUGAUCAGAGCGGCUUUGACGAGGCUACCUCAUCUGCAUCUGGAUUGCGUGUCCUGAAACAGCUGAUCCAGAGGUGCCUUGCAGAUGCAGUUACAUCAGGAAAUGUUUUUGCUGAUGCAAUUUUACAACAUCUGUAUCGUUGGCUUUGCAGCCCCCAAUCAAAGCUUCAUGAUCCAGCUCUUCAUCGCAUACUCCACAAGGUCAUGCAAAAGGUUUUUGCUUUGCUGUUGGCUGAAUUACGCAAAUUAGGUGCCACAAUCAUAUUUGCCAAUUUUUCGAAGGUUAUCAUAGACACAGGAAAAUUCGAAUUAACUGCUGCCAAAGCUUACUGUGACAGCGUGCUCAAAACUUUGCAAAAUAGAGAACUGUUCGAGUGGAUUGAGCUUGAACCAUUGCAGUUUUGGCAUUCCUUGCUCUUUAUGGAUCAGUACAACUAUGGUGGCAUUCCAGCCAGACCUGAUGACAGUUCUCACAAUGAUUUGCAUCAUCACUCCCCAAGAGAAGAACCAAAAGUGGAUAUUGUGUCAAACUGGAAUAUUGCUGAAUACCUGCCCAAGAAAAUCCAGGAUCAUUUCGUUUUAAUUGUCUCAGAAUUCAUGUUUAUUCCCUGGGACUAUGCACAAAAGCAAGCUGCAACAAGAGAAGCUUUGCGUGAAGGCAACUCAUGUACUCCAUCAAUCACUAUUGUAGCUGCUGAGAAUCUUGAAUCACACAUGGUGGAAUAUAUUAAAGGGCAGAUUGGCACACACUUCACUGACAAACUUCUAGGAAUUGUUCGGGAUACUGUUCUUCACAUGAAGGGGAUAAACAAAUCUGAGAAUGGCCAACAGAUUUCACUCGGUAUCCAGCAACCUGCGGGCAUGAACCACAAAGGGGACCCUGCACUGGAAUUCAUUAAGCAUGUUUGUGCUGUCCUGGCUCUUGACCAGCACGUGCAGCAUGAAGUUCUGGUGAUGAGAAAGAAUCUGUUAAAAUAUGUACGUGUUCGGGAGUUUGCUCCAGAAGCUGAGUUUCAUGAUCCCUGUCCUUCCUUUAUCUUACCAAAUGUAAUUUGCAGUUACUGCAAUGACUGUAGAGACCUGGACUUGUGCCGUGACUCAGCUGUAUUGGCAGAGGAGUGGCUCUGUGCCGUGCCACAGUGUGGCCAGCCUUAUGACCGAGAAGUAAUGGAGAAUGCGCUUCUUCAAAUUGUACGACAGAGGGAGCGUCUUUAUCAUUUGCAGGAUCUGGUAUGUCUUAGGUGCAAUCAGGUCAAAGCUGCUCAUUUAUCAGAACAGUGUUCAUGUGCUGGAUCGUAUAGGUGCAGGGAAGAUGUGUCUGAAUUCCGCAGAAAAAUGCAAAUUUUCUUGAAUGUAGCCAUUCGUCAGAAGUUUCAACUCCUCCAGGAGUGUACCUCUUGGAUUUUAGAAGUCAUCUUAUAAGGAGCAAGAUAUACAUUAAUCUUAUUUUCUAUAGAUCUGUGAUAGUGUUUCCAAAUCCCCUUUAUUCUCAAUAAUUAAAAAAAAAAAGAGAAUAAAAUAAGAAAGCCCCUGUUAAUAUCA